AACUCCUCUGUACCGUGAAAGUGGUAAUCACGUGCCGUGUCUGUGCUCGCCAGCAACACAAAACCUGAGCUCUCAGAGAAGCCUUUCUCAUCUUUUCAUCUGCGCAGACAUAAAACUCCACAGCAACCAUGUUCGAGGCUCGCCUGGUCCAGGGCUCCAUCCUGAAGAAGGUGCUGGAGGCUCUGAAGGAUCUGAUCACAGAAGCCUGCUGGGACGUCAGCUCGUCCGGCAUCUCCCUGCAGAGCAUGGACUCCUCUCAUGUCUCACUGGUGCAGCUCACUCUUCGGCACGAUGGCUUCGACUCGUACCGCUGCGAUAGGAACCUCGCCAUGGGAGUCAACCUGAGCAGUAUGUCAAAAAUCUUGAAGUGUGCCGGAAAUGAGGAUAUCAUCACCCUCAGAGCAGAAGACAAUGCAGACACACUCGCCCUCGUCUUUGAGACUCUCAACCAGGAGAAGGUGUCAGAUUAUGAGAUGAAACUGAUGGACCUGGAUGUGGAGCAGCUUGGUAUUCCGGAGCAGGAAUACAGCUGUGUGGUGAAGAUGCCCUCCGGGGAGUUCGCUCGCAUCUGCCGUGACCUUUCACAGAUCGGCGACGCCGUCAUGAUCUCCUGCGCCAAGGAUGGAGUCAAGUUCUCCGCCUCAGGCGAGCUGGGCACAGGAAACAUCAAGCUAUCCCAGACCAGCAAUGUGGACAAAGAGGACGAGGCUGUUACGAUUGAGAUGAAUGAACCCGUCCAGCUGAUCUUUGCCCUCAACUACCUGAACUUCUUCACCAAGGCCACGCCACUCUCCAAGACCGUCACUCUCAGCAUGUCCGCUGAUAUCCCCCUGGUGGUGGAGUACAAGAUUGCUGACAUGGGGCACAUCAAAUACUACCUGGCACCGAAGAUUGAUGAGGAGGCUUCUUAAGGUGUUUCUAACAGACCAAAAAGGGAGAAUAGAGAAAAGCGAGACGACUGCGACUUGUCCCGAGUGAUUGAAGCACUGAAGUGAUCUCAUGGCGGUCGAUCACUCUGCCCCGAGGUUUCUGAUCUGCUGUCCGCGGUGGAAGGUCGGCCUUUUAUAAGCAGCCAGCUGUCAGCUGUAUGAAUGGUGCCAUCUGCGUGAUGCAGUGAAGCCUCAGCACCUGGCUCUGGUCCAGACAUCCCCAGUGUAAAUGUCAGCACUUGCUCAAUCUAAAUUAGAGUCGCUCUCUAUUUUUGCCCGUUUUUGGGAAAGCAGAUUUAAAAUGUCAUAUUUCCUUUUCGUUUUUCCUCCCUUUUUUUCUUUUGUAGAUAACGCAUUUGUAAAUACUUCCUGUGGUUCAGCACUGUCAGUCAAACGCAAUGUUUUUGUAUUCAUGGAUUCAUUCCCAAAUAAAUAAUUGAGGUUGUUUAAAAAUAAUUUUGUCUCGUUUUUCUGGACAUGUGUGAAUAUUCUUUCUGUAUUUAUCACACUCCUUGCAGAUCUCUAAGCUGUUAUGCUCACUUGCACCAAGGUACAGACCUACACAGCUUUUUAAAAAAGUUUUUAUCUUUUAUGUUGAGCACAUUGAGUUUAGGUGUAAUCAAAUGUAGGAUCUGACACUAGCUGUAAAAUGAAAUGUUUCUUUUUUGCACCAUCUGCAAACCACAGCGACGUGAAAGUACGGCUCAAGAAA